GAAUUAUCUUUAAUAUUUUAAUCAAAUAAGCACGGUUAAAAUCUGUGUUGUUCUGCGAAUUUUUUUUGCGAAUUUGAAAAAUUUGAGUGUUUUGGUUGAAAAUAAGAAGUCGAAGUUCAAGCAAAUUAUGGAGAAAAACAUUCCUCCUUACUGUUCAACCAUUUUUUUUUUUAAUUAUUGUAUUUUAGUUAAAACAUAUGGGCGGAUAAAGAUGUUUUUAGUGGCUUUUGAGUCCCAUCCGAUACGAUUUUGAGGGAAAUUCAAAUUGACAUCUGGUAACACUAAUACGUAGAAUGAAAAUAUUAAAAACAUAAAAACGAAUAUUUUCAUACUUUCGAUUGCACAUAUCUUGGUUUCUAUAUUUUGUACUUUAGAUGUAUGUACCUUUUUUUUCUACCGAUCUUGUGAUAUGUUACGGCUUCUGAAAAUAAAACACAGCCAAGUUCGUAAUCCUAUUAGAAACAAGCAGGUGAUUUUGUCGAAACAAACAGCGCGUUUUUACUCGGCGGGAAAAAUGGUAAAAUAUUUAAGCCAAAGCGAAGCCAUCAACGUGGAUCAGGAGCUCUUUAACGAUUACAAGUUUAGCGUGGACCAGCUGAUGGAGCUAGCUGGACUGAGUUGCGCGCACGCCAUAAGCAAAUGCUUUCCGACGGAUAAGUACGGUCGUGUCCUAAUUUGCUGCGGACCUGGCAAUAACGGAGGUGAUGGUUUAGUUUGUGCCCGCCACCUUGCUCUCAUGGGCUACACCCCAACAAUAUACUACCCGAAGCCCACAGCCAAGCCGUUGUACGAGAACCUGAGCCACCAAUGUAAACUGAUGGAGAUCUGCAGGGUAGAGGACUGUCCAGCGAUUAAUGAGGCUGCCUCAAACUUUGACCUUAUAGUAGACGCUCUGUUUGGUUUCAGUUUUAAACCUCCAGUUAGGGCUGAAUUUGUGGCCAUAGUUGAGUUGAUGCAACAGACCACGUUGCCCAUAGCUAGUGUGGAUAUUCCCAGCGGAUGGGAUGUUGAGAAAGGCAAAGUAAACGACUCUGAUCUAGAACCGGACUUGCUAAUUUCGCUGACCGCUCCUAAGAUAUGUGCCCGGAAUUUUAAAGGUAGAUACCACUAUCUGGGUGGGAGGUUUGUGCCUCCGGCACUGCAACGCAAGUACGAUCUCAACUUGCCAACCUAUCCGGGCAACGAGCUGUGCUUAAAGCUGUGAUUAAUAUAAUACAUUGGAAAUAAAUAAUAUGUUACCAUUGUUAAUUUCCUUUAGAGGCCAUAAAUUUCGUUAUAUAUUGGCAA